UUCAGUUAAAUUCCAUCUUCUUCUCCAUCCAUUACUGGCUGAUAGAGAGGAGAGAGACCCCAGAAGCCAUGGUUUCCAAGGCGACCUUCUUCCUUGUCCUUUCAUUGCUGACUGUGAGUGUGCGGCGUUCCGUUUCGGAGGAUCCUGUUCCGAUCCCAUGGCCUCUCCAAUUCCACUCAAUUCUGUUCAUGAAUUACAGCGGGAUUCUUCAGAUAAUCGACCUCUGGUACGACUGGCCCAAUGGUCGUAAUUUCAACAUCAUCCAGCACCAGCUCGGCAACGUCCUCUACGACCUCGAGUGGAACAACGGCACUUCCUUCUUCUACACUUUGGACUCCUCCAAGACUUGCUCUUCGGCUCAGCUCGAGGUGGGUAUUCUCCGACCCAAUUGGCUCGAUGGAGCCAAUUAUCUUGGUCAACGCCAUGUCAAUGGCUUCCUUUGCAAUGUCUGGGAGAAGGUCGAUUUCAUCUGGUAUUACGAGGAUGUUGAGACCAAAAGGCCUGUUCAUUGGGUCUUUUAUACUGGGAGACAGGCUCAUGUGAUGACAUUUGAAGUGGGUGCUGUGCUGGAGGAUGAGAAAUGGCAAGCCCCUGUCUACUGCUUUGACGGCAAGGGAGGUGGUGCUAACAAUGGGGUUCUCCACCAGAAUUUGCCUGUAAUGGAUGGAGUUCUAAGGGGCUCCCUAUUUCCAGCUAUCUGAAACCUUGUUGUUUCCUGCCUACUCCCAUCACCCUAAACUUGUUGGACAACAAUUGAAUAAAUUAGCACCGAAGUUUAUGAUCUA